UACUUUUAUUUUUCCUUCACGUAACCGUGUCCUUUUGAUAUAUGCCCAAGUCCCACAUCCCUGAAUUCGAGUAACCUAGCCUCACAGUUGCAAUUAAUCUCUUUCCAUAGGCACACAAACCAGAAAGAAAAUGGAAAAACAAGAGGUUGAACAACUGGAUGCCCCAAUAAUCCUAGCAGUGAAAGGCCAGACAAGGAAAACAGUAGCCUACGAGCUUGCCAAACACCUGAAAUACCCUGUCAUUGACCAAGAUGAAAUCACCCUAGUUCUCCAAAACUCUGAAUGUCUCGACAACAUAUCCUUCAAGAUUGCUCUUUCAAUUGCUUCAAUCCAACUGAAAGAGUUGAAGCUCGGGGUGAUCAUCAGCACACCACUCUCUCAAAAAGAACACUUGGAUAAUUUAAAGAAACAGGCCAAGUCUGCAGGUGCUUUUCUGGUGAUAAUUCAGUGCCUGCCAAAAGAUGGAAGCAAUGAUUUCAACAUUGAAGGAGUUCCAAGGCUCAUUGUUGAUCCCACAAAGCCAACCUUUGAUGCUGAAAAUUUUGUUUCAGAUGAGUUGGAUAAGGUCAGAAAAAGAUCUUACAGGCACUUGCAUCCCUUAAUAUUCAAAAAUAAGCUAACUGCUGAAUCUAAAGUGGAGUGCAGUCGCUGUCAGAAAACCAUUUCAGGUCCGUACUAUCAAUGUUUUCUUGGAUGUGAUGAAUACAUAUUCCAUAAAGACUGUGGAGAGCAUCCUGGUAACUUGGAACAAGUCGGGAAAAACUGCCCUAAAUAUCUAAGGGUAACUGAACCUGAAUAUCUGUUCCCAAAAAAGAGUAACUGCAAAAUAUGUGAAUAUAAAAGCAAAGAGUUCUCGGAUGGUUGUCAUGAUUGCCUGUUUCAAACCAACAUGGAAGAUGUUCUGGAUGUGGUGGUUUUGGCCAUUCUAUUAGUUACAGAUGCUACGAUUGCAACUUUAAUUUGCAUGUCAGCUGCAUGUUGCUGCCACAAACUGUUUCGUACGACUACGAUAAGCAUCCCCUCAGGCUUACCUAUGAUUCCCUUGAACAAAGUUAUUUCGAGAAAAGCUAUUGUGAAGCUUGUAAGAAGGAAAGAAAUCCAGGGCACUGGUUUUACUACUGUCCAGCAUGUGAAUCCUCGACUCACUUGGAUUGUGUCACAAAUCAGAUAACCAGGUCUUAAAAAGCCGUUGUCGGAUAGAUCAAGCAUCAAGGGUGGCUCACAAAAUUGAAGCAAAUGUUAGAAUUUUCAUUUUAAUUCCACAGUUUGCAACUUUAACCAUGUAUGAUUGCUGGCUAAUUCAAAUAGCCAAUGGUUCUUUUAUGGAGACUGUAUGUCAGGAAAUGUGAUUUCAGUUUUAUUCAAA